CUGUGCGUGCUGCUGCAAAAAGUACAUCAUCCACCCGUUGAUAGGAUUAUCCUUCCUCACCACCGUGUUCCUCUUUGUUGCCGUGAUCGUGUACGUGGUGGCGCAGAACGAUGCUCAUGACCGUCAGUUCAUCGAUUACCGAAAUGACGAGUAUGGCUACUCGUUUUGGUUGGCAGUAUGUGCUCUGAUACUAGCAGCUAUCGAUACGAUCGUGGCAGGAUUGAC